GCAAAAGCAGUUCUGGGGAAUCUGCAGACAGUUCCCGGGGAUCGAGCGCCCAAGCCGAACUCCUCCCUUGGAAUGUCCCUGUACUCCCAGCUUGAAAACAACUGUCCUAAGCGAGAGGGAGGCUUUCAGUGACAUCUCCAAACACAGCUUGACAAAUGACACUUGGGGAUCGCGUUUUCUGGUGACAACGGACUCGGUCGCGUUGUGUGACAGAGCUGCUCGAGCUGCCCCUGGAGGAAAAGUAGUCCGUCCAACUCGGACCCCGGGGGCCAAAGUGAAGAUCAGAGGAAAGGGAGGCACUUGCCCGGGGAGAAGCAUGGCAUCUGCUGGGCACAUCAUCAUUUUGGUCCUGGGAGGCUUGCUCCUCGAGUUUGGAAUUGGAGGUCAUGCAACAGAUACCACCCACCCACGGUUACGUCUGUCGCACAAAGAACUCUGGGAUUUAAAUAGAACAUCAAUCUUUCAUAGUCCUUUUGGAUUUCUCGACCUCCGUGUGAUGUUGCUGGAUGAAUAUCAAGAACGACUGUUUGUGGGAGGCAGGGAUCUGGUGUAUUCCCUCAACCUGGAUCGAGUCAGUGAAGGCUAUAGAGAGAUACACUGGCCUAGCACAGUCCUUCAAAAGGAAGAAUGCAUGAUGAAAGGAAAAGAUGAAAGUGAAUGUGCAAAUUUUGUUCGCGUGCUGCAUCAUUAUAACAGAACACAUCUCCUGGCCUGUGGGACUGGAGCUUUUGACCCUCUCUGUGCCUUCAUCAGAGUUGGACACCAGUUGGAGGAUCAUCUAUUUCAAUUGGAAUUACACAGAUUUGAGAGAGGAAGAGGCAGAUGUCCUUUUGAUCCCAACUCCUCCUUCACCUCUACUUUAAUUGGUAGUGAGCUGUUUUCUGCACUCUACAGUGACUACUGGGGAAGAGAUGCUGCUGUCUUUCGCAGCCUAGGCCGUAUGACUCAUAUUAGGACUGAACAUGAUGACGAACGUCUGCUAAAAGAACCUAAGUUUGUAGGUUCUUAUAUGAUUCCUGACAAUGAAGACCGGGAUGACAACAAAGUAUAUUUCUUCUUUACUGAAAAGGCACUAGAGUCAGAAAACAAUGCACACACAAUUUAUACAAGAGUGGGAAGAGUAUGUGCGAAUGACAUGGGAGGGCAGAGAAUUUUAGUAAAUAAAUGGAGCACUUUCCUUAAGGCUAGAUUGGUUUGCUCAGUGCCUGGAAUGAAUGGAAUUGAUACUCACUUUGAUGAAUUAGAGGAUAUUUUUUUGCUACAAACAAGAGAUAAUAAGAAUCCAGUGAUAUUUGGACUCUUUAAUACAACAAGUAACAUAUUCCGGGGAUAUGCCAUAUGUGUCUAUCAUAUGUCAAGUAUCCGAGCAGCUUUUAAUGGACCCUAUGCACAUAAGGAAGGACCUGAGUACCACUGGUCACUUUAUGAAGGAAAAGUCCCCUACCCAAGACCUGGUUCUUGUGCCAGCAAGGUGAAUGGGGGAAAAUAUGGUACCACUAAGGAUUAUCCUGAUGAGGCAAUCCGGUUUGCAAGAAGUCAUCCACUAAUGCAUCAGCCUGUGAAACCUGUUCAUAAGAGGCCAAUCCUGGUAAAAACAGAUGGAAAAUAUAACCUGAAACAAAUAGCAGUUGAUCGAGUUGAAGCUGAAGAUGGACAAUAUGAUGUCUUAUUUAUUGGCACAGAUAAUGGCAUUGUCUUAAAAGUAAUCACAAUUUACAACCAGGAAACAGAAUCAAUGGAAGAAGUAAUUCUAGAAGAACUACAAGUAUUCAAACUUCCAGUUCCUAUUAUUUCCAUGGAAAUUUCUUCAAAAAGACAACAGUUGUACAUUGGAUCUGAAUCUGCAGUGGCCCAAAUCCGAUUCCAUCAGUGUGAUAUGUAUGGUACAGCUUGUGCUGAUUGCUGCUUAGCAAGAGACCCAUACUGUGCAUGGGAUGGUAUAUCCUGUUCCCGCUAUUACCCAACUGGAACACAUGCAAAAAGACGUUUCCGGAGACAAGAUGUUCGGCAUGGAAAUGCAGCUCAGCAAUGUUUUGGACAGCAGUUUGUUGGAGAAGUGUUAGAUAAGACUGAAGAACGUUUGGCUUAUGGCAUAGAGUAUAACAGUACUUUGCUGGAAUGUACUCCACGAUCACUGCAAGCCAAAGUCAUCUGGUUUGUGCAGAAAGCACGUGAAACAAGAAAGGAAGAGGUGAAGACAGAUGACAGAGUUGUCAAAAUGGACCUCGGUUUGCUCUUCCUAAGACUACACAAAAUGGAUGCAGGAACCUAUUUUUGUCAGACAGUGGAGCACAGUUUUGUCCAUACAGUCCGCAAAAUCACCUUGGAAGUAGUAGAAGAGGAGCGUGUCGAAGAGAUGUUUAAUAAAGACUAUGAAGAAGUUCCCCAUAAAAUGCCUUGUCCUGUCCAGAGCAACAUCCCACAAGGGUCAAAGCCAUGGUACAAAGAGUUCUUGCAGUUGAUUGGCUAUAGCAACUUCCAGAGAGUGGAAGAGUACUGUGAAAAAGUAUGGUGUACUGAUAAGAAAAGGAAAAAGCUAAAAAUGUCCCCUUCUAAAUGGAAGUAUUCUACCCCACAGGAAAGGAAGCAUCGAGCCAAAUCUGACCACUAUCGCCUACCUAGGCAUGCACUGGACUUCUGAUGGGCUGAAACCAUCGGCUGACUUUUUGAAGAAUUUUUAUUUGGACUUCUGAGAUUUAAAAGCCGACAUCUGAUUUCUUUGUGGAAGUAGAAAUAAGUACAAUAAGAAAUAAGUGACUGAAAAAAAAAGUAUUAUGGUAAAUUAUACUUAACUCUUUUUGACUGGUUAGAAGUUGCAUAAAGCUAACUAGAUGUUUCUAAAUUCAUUUUAUUGCUUACAUGGUUUUCAACUAUAUUUAUCAAAAAGUUACCUUGUUGUAAUCUUUGUAAUUAUUUGGCUGAAUAUUCAUGCCAACUACUCUUUGUUCCUUGCAUAUUAGUACAAUAUUUAAGAAAAUACAAAGUAAUUGAGAAUUAGGAGGCAGGAAAUGGGAAGGCAAUAUAGUUAAUCCCUCUGCUUUUUCAACUUUGCUUUUAAAACUGACAAAUGAUCAGAGUCAUUCCUUUUUUCAUGUGGACAGUUGGUAAUUUUUGUUAUGAUAAGUUAAGCCAAUGAGUUUGCUCUGAGGACCACUGUGAUUUUUGUAAAUGAGAAGAGAAAUGUAUUCAGCCCCAGGGGAACUCCCCUUUAUAAAACAUUUAUGGGACCAGCUUCAUAUUUCUAUUAUUAUAGCUGACACUAACCCUUCCAGUUACACUCAGGUGUGUAAAGAAAGAGGCUAAUAGAACUUCUCUUUUAGAUGCUGAAGCAAAAUAGUUUAGUUAGACUAUAAGUUAUGGUUGGAACAAAUGUUUGCUUUAACAGUUGGAAGAUUUCUAUGGCUGACUUCUUAAGGUAAAAAACAAAAACAAAAGAGCAUAUGCUUAUACCAGCAUAUGGUUGUCCAUGUGUGUAUAUAUAUAUAUAUAUGCAUAUGUUUGUAUAUGUGUUUGUAUGUAUGUUUAUGCUUCUGUGUGUAUAUGCAUGUAUAUUUGUGUGUGUGUGUGUGUGUGUAUGUGUGCAUAUUUUCCCUGCAGAAACCUUUAGUCUGUAACUGCCUAAAGAAAGUUUGGUCAGUUGAUGUGUAUUAUAUUUGUCAUCAAAAGUAAGUAAUUCAGAAAAACUUGUAAAAGACCCCAAAUUGUAGUUUAAUUUGUGGAUAAUUCUGUUAAAAGUAGUUUAUUAGUCCUCUGAAUAAGAAAAGACAAAGAUAUGCACAAAUGAAAACUUAUUAAAUUUUCACUCUUUUAAAGCUUCUAAUUAAAACUAAAGUCAUUAUAGAAACAUAAAAACCUAUUUUAUGAAAAAAAUCAUUAUAGUACUCUACACCUGAAUAGAUUGCUAUAAAGAGGUAGAGAGAAAAUUGCUUUUAGAACAUUUUUAUUUUUCUCUCAUAAAAUAUGCCAGUCUUUGAUUUUUGAUAAUAUUCAAUUUAUUUCUGUAUCUUUGACUUCUGCAUUUUGCAUUUUAUAAUCCUGUAUUUUUGCUUGGAGCAUCCUCUAUUCUAAAAUGUAAUAUUUUAAUUUGCAGUGAUUAAUUUAAAUAUUUUAAAUAAAGCAAAAAAACAAAAAAAAACAAAUCUGCAGUGAUAAAGCAGAAAGUGUAAACAUUGAAAAAGAAACAUUAUCAUUUUGUUUUAACAUUUUAACUUCACCUAAAACCUAUCUCAUAGAAUCACAAAAGCACAGGUGAUAGAGAGCUGGGCUGAAAUACAAGAAGAUCUGGGUUCACAUCCUUCUGCACAUUUAUCAUGGCUAUGAGAUCAUAGGCAAAUCAUUUAAGCUAUCUGUACUCCAAGAAACUUCUAAGAUUAAAUUGCAUAAGAGAUAGUGAUCUGCAUUGGUAAAGGGAAAUUCCAAAGCAGAUGCUUCCCUAAGUUAAUGAAAUUCUAAAUCUCAUAUGAAACAAAAGCAAUUCCCUUUCCAAACCGCCUUCCAACCUUGUAUUAUUCCUCAAACAUAGUUUAACAUUCUAAAGAAGUUUAAUUACAGAUUAACCAUAGUAGUUAAAUAUUCACAUAGUUUAAAUUGUAAUAUGUGGUUAAAAUGAAACAUAAGGUCAGGCUUUUUAUUCAUCCUAAUGUGUCUUUUCCCCCAACAAUGAAAUAAUUUUUAAAAAGGACCUAAUGUAAUUAAUGUUUUUCAAAAUUAAACUUGUUAUUUACCUAAGAAUCCACUGGGGGUCAUUGCUGUUCACUAAGAUGCAACUGAAAGCACUCUAUAGUUUGAAAAUAAAAAAGUUAACUUUACCAAAGAGAGGGAAACAAGGGAGGAGAAGCUGCUCGUCUGGGGGGAAAAAAAGAGUAAGUGCUCAAAAGUAUUAGGAGUUCAAUAAAGAUUAAGAUUUUUAGCACACAUAUGAUGAAUUUGUAAAAUAUAGGGAAAAAAUCCAAUCAGUUCAAAAGAAUAUUAUUAAAAAAAAAAAAGAACAUAAACAUUUCUCUUAUAUUGCUAUAAAUUAAUAAGGAAAAUAACAUAAGUAAUUUCUCAUUAUUUGAGUUUUAGAAGUAUGUAUCAUCAACUCUGGAUGCCUCUGUUUAUAAGUACCUCAAAGAUGUUAUUUUUGAAUUAUAAUCAUUUUUAUGUAACUAUAGGGAGAACAUGGAGAAAAAUAUACAUUUCCAGAUUUAGGGUUGGAAUGCCAACAAUUUUAAAGAAUCACAUCAAAUAUAGAUGGUAACAGUAAGUUAGUUAAUUAUCUAGAUAGCUCGAGUUCCAAAGCAGAUUUUGUUAAAAUAAUGAAAUAUAUUUAUCAAAGUUACCAUAUAAAUUCCAAGAGUUGAGAAAAUUAAUACAUUCCAUUUUGGAACUCCUUCCUUUUGCAGAGUUAACUUGUUUAGUAGCUAGUUGCCCUUUUAUAUAUCUUAGACCAAGCCAUAUUUCAUAUCUCUUCCAUCUGUUCUCCAUAGCUCGCUUACAAGGUGUCCUCCAUUCUUUCAAUUAAUCUUCCUCUCCCUUUUCACCCAUAUCUCUGGGUGAAAUAAUACAAAUCAUUUGUAUUAUUGUUGUUAGAAAAAGUAUUUCAGUAGAAUGCCCAAUGCAUUAAUUCAGUGUCCCUGAUAGCUCUUCAUACACUUUCUUUCCAGAUGACUGCUCCUUUGUUGUUGUGUUGCCCCCUUCAGAAUGGAAGCUCCUUGAGGAUAGGGCCUAUUUAACUUUUCUUUUUGUAUCCCUAGUGAGUAGUACACUUUCUAAUAUAGUGUUAAGUACUUAUUACAUCGUCAUUCAUUAAUUUCAUUAUAAAUGACAAGUCUCAUCUUCAUUUUUGUUGCAAGAACCAAGAGGAAAAAAAAAAAGAAGAUGGAUAAUGUUAACAAUAUUUUAACUAGCAAGUACACAAAAAUAUAGAAUCAGAAAAUAAUUUUAUAUAAAAUUGUAAAAUAUAUUCAGAAUAAAUUAAUGUAUCCAAAGUCGAUAUAUUAAUGAUAAGAACACCAACAGGAAACAACUGGGAAAGAAAAUUAGAGACUUCAACUACAGAAUUUUAGGUUGAUAGAGUUAGGUAUAUAGAGACUGUAUUUUGAUUUCAUUAAUGUAGGAUACUCCAAAAGGAAAAACUUCUCCAAGUCUGGUCAGCACCUUCUCCUAUCAUCUUUAAAAAUUGUAUAGGUUAUGUACAGAGAGGUUAGGAGAUUUACUCAAUGUCCCCAAGCUAUGAUAUGUCUGAGGGAAGAUUUGCAUCCAGAUCUACCUGCAUUUAAGACCAGGUCACAAUCCACCAUCCUGCAUUGUGCCCCUCUAAAGGAGGAUAUUUAUAAAUCCAUGUAUAUAGAAAACUCUUUUUUUUUCUCUCAAUAUGGCACAGUACAUCCAAAAACAUUAUGGAAUAGAUUGACCACCCAAAAACAUUAUGGAAGAAUACCAUGCUAAUAACCCAAACAAAUCUCCUUAGCCAAUAGGUUCUUGUAACAUGUAUAUUUAAUAUCUGCAAAAGGAUAGUAUGUAGGUAUAGGGGAAUGUAGGAACAGAUGGUUAAAUGAAGUAAAAGAAAAAAGUAAAGAGAAUAAAAGGAAUCUUUGAAUGGUGAUUCACCAAGAGACAAAUAAGUCUGUGUGCUAACAAAAAAAAAUCUUUUUUCCUGUCAUUCAUCUUUUAAUAUUGCAAAUAUAAGAAUUGGUCAGCAUUCUUUGAAUUAAUAGUUCAGAAAAAUCACCUGUGAAAUGUUCAAGCUAGGAAAAGUAGAAAUGACUUAAAAGUCAGUUCUCUCCUUGUACUCAAGAGAGUACUUAACACCUUGUAAGGUUGGAAGUUAAUGAUCCUUCAUACAUUUUUAUUCCUUGGACAAAGAUUAGGAGACUAUAGUCCACAGACAUAAGAGAGUCAGAAGAGUUACUGAGAAAGAGUUAUUUCAAAGCCAACGUAACCAUUGCUUUACUAAAAGGACAGAAAGCCAGCUAGACACCUCUCUGAAUCUUUUCUAUACUUUGGGCUAUGCAUCUUCUAAGAGCAUGGCUGGGUAGAAUGGAAGAGCAGAUAGAGUGCCUAUAUAAAAUUUCAAGAGAAGGAAUCCAUCCUUUAUCAUUGACAACAAGAAGAAGAAAAACAAAAUCUCCAAGGACAAUCAGCUUUGUUAUGUAACUCUUCAGGGUUGUAGAAUAGACAUUCACUUGGAAAGUCUGAGACCUCACAGGCUCAGCCAGAUCGCUAACUUCCUUUAUAACUUUAGGCAAAUAUUGUAGUUUAUCUGGGUCUUAGUUCCUUCAUCUGUAAAACAUGGAGAUUAAAUUAGAUAACUCUUUCCAUUCUACUUUUCCAAUUAUAAGAAUUCCUCUUUUUUUUCUAUUUUUAACUGAAUAUCUGGUGGCUUAUUGAUAAAUGAUAUCUACUUUGGGAAACAGGAUUAUACAAUACAUAGGUCUCAGUAUUAAUAAAUUCAUUUAGAAAUGAAGAAACUUCUUUACAGCUUAUUAAUAAGAAUUACAUGAUAUAUAUGUAUAUAUACACACUUAUAUCUGUUUAUAUAUACAUAUUAUGUGAGAUUUUUCUUUUUUUAAUUUCAGUAAAUAUCCAAGAUUCUAUUUCUGAGUGUUCAGUGUUUGUUGUUUCAGUGUGUGGGUUUGUAAAUCUUAAUGGUGAUUAUGCACAUUUGUGAAACCAGGAGAAAAAACACAACACAAUAAAUUGUUUUGAAUGUCAGUGUUAGGCAUGGAACAAAUACAGGAACACAGUUGUUGUCUGGGAAAAGAAAAACUGAAUUAAUUGUUCCAACUCUGUAUGUGGCUCAGUAAAUAAAUCAGAAAACAUGUACUUAAUUGUUCUCAAUUACUGUUUUCUAGGGAAAAUGCUAUAAUUAAAAUAGCAAUAAGAAUUCAGUUUUUUCCUCUUUCCUACAACGGGGUACCAUGAUGUGAUAUUAAAAAAAAAAACAAUUAAUGCUCAUUUUUCAGGUCUAUAGCUAUUUCAUUUGUGUCAGCUAUGAAUAAUAUAUUUUCCACACUGACACUUUUGUUGUAGUAUUAUUUAUAAUGUUUUGUUUUGCUUUGUUUUCCCUCUUGGGUGCAUAGUUUUAUAUUUUUAUUACAUUAUGACUUGGAUUCUUAUAUUUGUGCUUUGUGACCUAGUUAUUUGACAGACUACUUCAUUGAUAUAUUUUAUUCUGUAUAGCAUCUUUUUAUUUGCUUGGCUGCAUCUGUAACAGCAUGUGACCUAGUAUUUAUUUUUCCUGAUUAGGAAAAGCCAUGAGGCUUAUUAUCAUUUGGUGACAAGCUGCAGAGAUCACUGAUAUAAAUCUUUUCAUAGAAUAAAUAUGACAUAGAUCUAUUAUUAGAGUCUACAUACUUUGUCCAUUGCAUUGAAGUGCCAUGUUUUAAUUUAGCUCACAGUAGAUGAAAAAAAUAAAUAAAUGUUUGCUGAA